GUUAUUGAGAAUGGCGGAGAAUGAGGGAGCCGGAGAUGAUCAUCAGGGGCUGAGUGGGCCCCCCAAGUCGCACUGGAAGGCGCCGCCGCAGGCGACGGGCGAGAUUACGUCGCCGGUAGCGGCAUCGGAUUCUGAUUCCUGGCCUGCGCUUUCCGAUGCUCAGCAGCGGCUCAAGACUAACAGCUCUGGUUCAGGUUCGUCCAAGUCGCCGCCUCCGCCGUUGCCGACGCAAACCAAGGCAGCCGACGCUACUCCCGCUCCUCCACCUCCGGUUUCGGGCUCCGGAGAGCAGCGGAAGUUUCAGGGACAUGCCAAUGCUAAACCUUCACAUAGGCCCCUGCCUGCACGCCAACCAAAAGCAGGUCCAAGGCACAGGCCAAAUGGUGUACCCCCGUUUCCAGUGCCCAUGGCUUAUCAUCCACCAGCAAUGCCUCCUGUUUACCCUGCCAUGAUACCUGUUCCACAGUUUCAUGUGCCUGGAUACGCUUACCAGCCUCCCCGAGGCCCAUUUGCCGGUACUGAAAGUCACAUGGUUAAGUCUGGUUCCAAUGCUGCAACUCAAGCCUUUGUUCCACCAGGAAAUGGUAACCUUGAGCCACCACAAGGGGAUCAGAUUCCCUAUGAUUCAAAAUCUUUUAUUGGAAGGCCAAAUGAGCAUCCGCGCCCAAUUGGCUCUAAAGACAACAUUCAGCUACAACCAAGCAUGGGCCAAAGGCCUUUCAUAAGACCUCCAUUUUACGGUCCAGCUCCAGCUUUUGUUGAUGGAGUAAACUUUCAUGGACCUCCAGCAGGAGCUAUAUAUUUCCUCCAUCCUGCACCCCCAAUUGGUGUCAGAGUGCCUUACCAACCUCACUUUAUCCCACCUCCAAUGGCUGGAGCUCCUAUGCCACCCUCUCCAAUAUUAACUUUAAGAGCUAGCAUAAUAAAGCAAAUUGAGUAUUAUUUCAGUGAUGAGAAUUUGCAGAGUGACCACUACUUGCGUUCUUUGAUGGAUGAUCAAGGUUGGGUUCCAAUUUCUACUAUUGCUGAUUUUAAAAGGGUGAAGAGCAUGAGUACAGAUAUACCUUUUAUCCUGGAUGCAUUGCAGGCUUCAAGUACAAUUGAAGUUCAGGGCAACAAGGUGAGGAGACGUGACGAGUGGGCGAAGUGGGUUCGAACUACUGCUGAUCAGAAAUCAUCCCCUCCUGUUCCGACUCCCCAGGAGAAAUCUGGUGAAAAGGCUGUCCAUGAUUUGAAGAACAAGGAGCUCAAUGAAGAAACAGUGGACAGCGUUGGAGUGACAAUUCCACCGGCAAAUGGAGUUUCCCUUGAGCCCCAAUCAUUAGUUGCAGAACCACAAAAAGUGCUAGUUGGUAAUGGUACAGGGAACAUAAGAAAGAUGCCCCAGGUUCUUGAUCAAGCAUCUCAUUUACAAAGUGGUGAUGUGAACACACAAUCUGGUAAAAUUGAUAAAAUUGGUUCUGUUGAUGGUUGUGCUGGGCCGUCCUUUAUAGAAGACACAGGAAAUGCUGACACAGAUUCUUUUGGGGGCCAUCAAAGCAUGGUGUCUUCGGAUAUGGUUGGGCAGAACAUGGAUGACUUAUCUAAUGAUUUCUCAAGCACUUUCAUGCUUGAUGAAGAGCUAGAAUUUGAGCAUAAAACAACAGUGAAAAACCAUAUGGGUUUAACAGGAAGUGAUGAGAAUUUGCAGAGUGACCACUACUUGCGUUCUUUGAUGGAUGAUCAAGGUUGGGUUCCAAUUUCUACUAUUGCUGAUUUUAAAAGGGUGAAGAGCAUGAGUACAGAUAUACCUUUUAUCCUGGAUGCAUUGCAGGCUUCAAGUACAAUUGAAGUUCAGGGCAACAAGGUGAGGAGACGUGACGAGUGGGCGAAGUGGGUUCGAACUACUGCUGAUCAGAAAUCAUCCCCUCCUGUUCCGACUCCCCAGGAGAAAUCUGGUGAAAAGGCUGUCCAUGAUUUGAAGAACAAGGAGCUCAAUGAAGAAACAGUGGACAGCGUUGGAGUGACAAUUCCACCGGCAAAUGGAGUUUCCCUUGAGCCCCAAUCAUUAGUUGCAGAACCACAAAAAGUGCUAGUUGGUAAUGGUACAGGGAACAUAAGAAAGAUGCCCCAGGUUCUUGAUCAAGCAUCUCAUUUACAAAGUGGUGAUGUGAACACACAAUCUGGUAAAAUUGAUAAAAUUGGUUCUGUUGAUGGUUGUGCUGGGCCGUCCUUUAUAGAAGACACAGGAAAUGCUGACACAGAUUCUUUUGGGGGCCAUCAAAGCAUGGUGUCUUCGGAUAUGGUUGGGCAGAACAUGGAUGACUUAUCUAAUGAUUUCUCAAGCACUUUCAUGCUUGAUGAAGAGCUAGAAUUUGAGCAUAAAACAACAGUGAAAAACCAUAUGGGUUUAACAGGAAGAGUUGAUGAUGAAGAUGAUGAGAUGGGUAUGAAUGAUGAGGAUAUUGAGAAACUUGUUAUUGUCACUAGGAAUACCCAAAUCCAUGGAGAGAGUGGUACUACUGGGAAAAAGUCAAAUCCCAUAACUUCUGAGCUUGCUUCUGCAAUAAAUGAUGGCCUCUACUACUAUGAGCAGGAACUCAAAGCUCGGCGAUCUAACCGUAGAUUCAAUAACUCUAGUAAUGAAGCCAGAGAUGAGAAUUCUAGAUCUACUGCUACUCUAGCUGCUUUAUCAAAACCGAGGACCAGUGAUCAUUCUUCUGAAGGCAAUGGUUAUGAAUGGCCUGAGAACUCAAAUUCUCGAAGGAAACAAAUUAAAGGAUUCUCUAAACAGUACUCAGUACAUAAACAGAGGCUUUUUAUUGGUAACUCGAGAAAUCAUGGAACUAAUCGGAGCAGCCUUGGAAUAAUAUCUGAAAGUCCACCUUGUGAUUCCGUAGGCUUUUUCUUUGGUUCUACACCCCCUGACAGUCAUGGGCCAAGGCCUUCAAAGUUGAGUGCUUCCCCUCGUGGCUAUCUUUCAGGCAGUAGUCCACCUGUUGGUUCCAUGCCAAAGCCAUUUCCACCUUUCCAGCACCCAAGUCAUAAACUUCUACAGGAAAAUGGGUUCACCCAACAGCUGUACAAGAAGUAUCACAAGCGCUGUCUAGGUGAGCGCAAAAAGCUUGGAAUUGGCUGCAGCGAGGAAAUGAAUACAUUAUACAGGUUUUGGUCAUAUUUCCUACGAAAUAUGUUUAUACAAUCUAUGUAUAAUGAAUUCCGAAAAUUUGCCCAAGAAGAUGCUGCUGCUAAUUAUAACUAUGGAAUGGAGUGCCUUUUUAGGUUCUAUAGUUAUGGCUUGGAGAAGGACUUUAGGGAGGACCUUUAUGAGGACUUUGAAAAGCUGACACUGGACUUUUAUAACAGAGGCAACCUCUAUGGCCUUGAAAAAUAUUGGGCAUUUCACCAUUAUCGUGAGGCGCGAGAUCAAAAAGCACCACUGAAGAAAAAUCCAGAAUUGGAUCGGUUACUCAAAGAAGAAUACCGUAGUUUGGAUGACUUUAAGCAUGCCAAGGAGAAGACUGCUACCACAUAAGAGGAGAGGGCGUGUUUCUUAGCUGUAGAACUGACAAAUGUCCAAAAAUAUUAG